AUGAGAGAAGAAGUGAGCUGCAUGCUGGUUGGUGAUGGAGCAGUGGGAAAAACCAGCAUGGUUAUCAGUUACAUCUUCAAUGGAUACAACACUGAGUACAGGCAAACUGCAUUUGAUGUUUUCACAGGAUUAGUUCAUGUGAAUGGAAUCCCAACCCACAUUAAGCUGAUAGAUACUGCUGGACAGGAGAUGUUUGGCCAUCUGCGCUCUCUGUGCUAUGCCCAUGUGGACGUCUUCAUCCUCUGCUUCAGCCUCGUCAACCCCAUCUCAUUUGACAAUAUCACCUCCAAAUGGAUCCCACAGAUUCGAGCCGCCAACCCAAUCUCCCCCAUCGUUCUGGUUGGAACUCAGUCAGACCUUCGACACAGUGUGGAUGUCCUCAUUCAUCUGAACCAGCAGGGCACCAGACCGGUGCUCUUUAACAAGGCCAGACGGCUCGCAAGCAGGAUCAGAGCUCACGACUACGUGGAGUGCUCGGCUCUCACACAGCACAACCUUAAAGACGCCUUUGACUGUGCUGUAUUUGCUGCCAUUAAGCACAAGCACGGUGGCACUAAAUACAAAAAGCUCAGUUUGCUUAACAGUUUAAAGACUCUUUAUGAUGGUGGAUGGAGGAAAAUCUUUAGAUUCAUGUGA